GCGCAGUGGUGUAGUUUUAAUAAACAAUUUAUACUCACGUGUUCACGUGUCAUUUAUAAAAAAAAACAUUUUUCAUCAAAUUCCAUAUUAAUUUAGUGAUGAAAAAUGAAAAUUUCUCGACAGAAGAAAGUGCAAAAGCAUCUUAAUUUUUAUAAGAAUAAUUUCAAAUUCAGAGAACCCUUUCAAGUUCUCAUAGAUGGAACUUUUGCGUUCGCUGCUCUUGAGGCAAAAUUUAAUAUCAAGGAACAAAUAACGAAAUAUUUUCAAGCUGAAGUGAAACUUUUAACGACACAAUGUAUGAUUCUGGAGACAGAGAAAUUAGCGCAAUUAGAAAUGAAAUUAAAUGGAGCCUUACGAAUUAUAAAACAAUUUCCAUUACAUAAAUGUGGACACGAAAAAAAUUCUAUUUCCGGUUCCAAGUGCUUUAAUUCAAUGCUUGCUAACAAUAAUUCUUCUAGAUAUAUUAUCGCAACUCAAGAUCGUCAAUUUCAAGAUCACAUCAGAAGACUUCGAGGAGUUCCUCUUCUUUAUUUACACGACAAAGCACCGACUCUCGAAAGACCUUCUGAAGCCACUUGCAAACACGCCGAGGAAUUACGAAAUGGAACAAUAACAAAUUCUCUACAGGUUCAAACUGUAAAGAUCUUGAAGCAAAAGUCAGGUUUAGAAGAAACGGAAAUUAAACUCAAGAAAAAACGAAAAAAAGGAGGUCCCAAUCCGUUAAGUUGUAAGAAAAAACAAAAGAAAAGUGUUGUCAAUCAACCUCCAUCGAGUGGUAAAAUUCGAAAACGAAAAAGAAUUAAAAUAUCGUCUCACGUAAAAGAUGCUUUACAAAAAGAAAUUUCGUCUUGAUUUAAAAGGAUUGACAGCAACAAAAAGAACCGACUAAUUGUAUAUAUUUAAUUUUAAUUAAUAUCAAAAUUAAAAUUAAACCUAAAUUACAAAUUAUAUUUAUAAUUAUUUAUCUAACAUUAAAUAGAAAAUAAAAUACAAUAGA